GGGGGAAGGAGGGGGCAGAGGGGUUGGGUUGGUCACUUCCGGUUGACCCGUAACGUUCCACCCCGUGACUCCGGUUGCCUAAGAGAGGCCGCGGGGCUCUGCGGUUGCCAUGGCGACCAGUCAACAGCCAGGGGAAGUGCCUGCGCGGAGCCGGAAGAGGGGCGGCCACGGGGAAUAAUGCCGGCCACCAUGUCUGGCUCAAUGAGCGCUUCAUCCAGUGCAUCCAACAGGUCCAGGGCCCGCACUCGUUACAGAACCAAGGCCGUGAACUCAGAGGUCGACGAGAGCCUGUUUGGAAUUGCCAAGAACCUGCAGCGAUCAUGCUCUGGCAGCCCCCUAGUGAUCCUACGGGAUGUGCAGACUGUCCAGAAAUCACCCUCUGCCUGUGGCUGGAGCCACAAACCUGAGACCAUCCGCCUCAUCACCAGGGACCUCAUCCGUGAUCUCAUUGUUCCUGCAGAGGACCCGUCGGGAGAAUCCCUCAUUAUGAGCCCAGAGGAUUUCCACCGCAUUAAGACAGCAUCCCGAGUCCUGACCAAGGAGGAGCGCGAGGCCAGCAUAGCAGCCCUCAAGGCAGAGAAGGAAGCUGUUAUAAUGAUCCUGAACGCAAAAUGCCAGGCGAUCCGCGAUGCACAGAUGCUGGAGAAGCAGCUGAUUGAAAAGGAGCUGGAGGAGGAGGAGAAGCGCCUGGACCAGAUGAUGGAGGUGGAGAGGCAGAAAGCCACCAAGAUGCAGGAGGAGCUGGAGCAGAAGAGGAAACAGGAGCUGAUCAGAGGGAGGCAACAUCUCAUCAAGCAGAUAGAGAAGAACCAGCAGGAGAGGGCUAUGAAGGCAGAGCAGCGGGAUCAGGAGGCCCAGGAGAUGCUGGAUUAUCUGGAGCAGCUGCAGAUGGAAGACCUGAGGGACAUGGAGCACAGACAUGAGCAGAAGAUGAAAAUUCAGGCUGAGAUUAAAUGUAUCAAUGAUGAAAACCAGCAGCGUAAGGAGGAGCAGCUGGCACAGGAGAGGAUGGCUGACCAGCGGGUGCUGGAGUACCAGAAGCAGAAAAUGGCACGGGAAGCAGAGUUUGAGGCUGAACAGGAGAAGAUCCGUCGGGAGAAGGAGAUGGAGACCGCGCGUCUGAGGGCAUUGCAGGAAAAGGCCCAGGAUUACCAAGCAGAGCAGGACGCGCUGAGGGCCAAGCGGAACCAAGAGGCCACCGAGCGAGAGUGGCGCCAGAAGGAGAAGGAAGCUGCGCAGAGGAAGGCGGAGACUGAGGCCAUGCUGAAGAAGAGUCGGCUGGAGCAGAUAGCCCACAAGGAGCACAGCCUGGCUGUGCAGGUGCAGCGGGACCGCAAUGAGUUUGAGAGGAUCCUCAGAGCCCAGCGGGAUCAGAUUGAAAAGGAGCGGAAGGAGCAGGAGCGGCGCGCAGCCCUGCAUCUGAACCACGCUGACCAGGUGCGGCGCCAGGUGCGCGAGCACCAGCAGAAGCAGGUGCAGGAGCGAAUCGCUACCUUCGAGGAGGGCAAGCGGCUGAAGGAAGAGGCACGCCGGCGCAGUGAGCGCAUCAGUGAGAUCAAGAGGAAGAAGAUGGAGGAGCUCAGCAGAGCAGCCUGCCCAAGGAGACCUGCUGGCUUCCUCUUCGGAGACCAACAAAUAACUGAGUCGUUGUCAACAAUUGUAAGUAAUCACAGAGCUCUUUCUGGGCAAACCUGUUUGAUUCUUAAAGUAAAAGCACUACAGACCCUACAGGUAUGUGAGAGCCCCCAGCCCUUCAGCACCCCAUCCAUGCGCUCACCUUGGUGGUCACAAGCUCAUCACAGCUUCAGCUCAGAACAAGCACAUGCGUUUAGUCCUCUCCUUAGCCAGGUCAGGGAGCAGAGAAUUAGUAGACAGUGGGUUUUCCUCCCCGCAGCAUAGCUUCAACAGGGAUUCUAAGUGGGCAUUUCCAUUAUUCCCCUUACCCCCAGUACUUCCUAGGAAAUCUGCUUCACAGUAUUGUUCCAUAAAGCCCGUUGACAUUCCUAAUCCCUCCAGAGACUGCAUUUUGGAGACAAGGCGGGUGAGGUAAUAGAGUAUCUUUAAACUUGGUCCAAUAAAAGGUAUUACAUUGUCCACCUUGUCCCUCUGGAGAUUACAUUAGUCUUCUAGAGAAGGUAGCUGCAUAGAAUUGCACAAUAACACACCCCCAGCUGCAUUGUUAACACAAUGGACCCCAAAGGUAUUAAGCCUAACUCAAUAACAUUUAACUUAAUUCAAUAAAGUGCCUUCAGUCUAUUGUUGGCCUGUCACACACGGAUUGUACGCUCCUUGGACAGGCACCGUCUCUUUGUUCUGUGUCUGAACAGCACCUAGCAUAGUGUGGUUCCAGCCCAGCACUCGGCCUCGUAAACUCUACAGCAGUGGUCCCCAAAUUGUGGGGCAUGCCCCCCUUUGGGAGCAUGGAGGAAAGUUUAUGGGGUAUAGGGGGGCUUGGGCCAGCCCCAUAGGGUUGGGGAGGGAGCACCACCCAGCCCAGCUCUGCCCCCAGAUCUGCUCCUGCCCCUCCCUCAUCCACGGCUCUGCUCACGGCCUUGGCCCCGCCCCCAGCUCUAUUCCCGGCCCCGGCUCCUGGGCGGGACAGGAGUAAGGGGUGCAUGACAUGAAAAGUUGGGGACCCAUUGCUCUACAGUAACACAACUAAAUAACUAA